UCUCUGAGGACGGCUCCGCUGGCGCAGGCUCCCUUCCCCAGAGCUGGCCCAGAACCAUGGAGAGUCUGAGCGAACUGCAGAAUCCUCUGCUGCCUCAGAGCCCCGCCCCGCUCCAGGGCCCCUACCCCUACCGCGAGGCUUCGCCCAGCUGGUCAUGCCAAGAGAAGCUUUACUCCUACCUCCUGGGUGCUGCUGGCUCCGCUCGUCCCCACCAGCUCCUGGACCCGGGGUCCCUGCAGCUGGCCGUGGAGGCCUGGUACAGGCCCAGCUGCCUCCUGGGGAGGGACAAGGUCAAGGAACCCAGAGCAAGCAGCUGUGAGACCAGCUUCACAGAGAACAAGGAGCUCCAGGCUGGGCCCACAGAGCGGUGCACAGAAGCGGGCCAAGAGGAAGAGGAUAUCACCAUCCAGACGGUGUCCUACGGGGUUCAGGAGGAGCUGCAGGGCCAGGAGAAUGACCAGGAGGAGGUGGAGAGUGAUGUGACCUCGACGGACAGUGAAAGUGAAGACAACUUCGUGGCGCUGCCCCCCAGGGACCACCUGGGCCUUACUAUCUUCUCCAUGCUCUGCUGCUUCUGGCCCCUGGGCAUUGCUGCCUUCUACUUCUCCCAGGGGACCAGCAAGGCCAUCUCCAAGGGAGACUUCCGCCUGGCCAGCACCACCUCCCGCAGGGCCCUCUUCCUGGCCACACUCUCCAUCGCCGUGGGCGCCGGUCUCUAUGUGGCUGUGGUGGUGGCGCUGGCGGCUUACAUGUCCCAGAACGGCCAUGGCUAGUGGCCAGGAGGGCCUGGCAUCCUGACUCCCCGGCUCCGUCUGAAGAGACAAUGGGACUUGGGGUCACAGACCUUCAGGAGCGCCAGGGCCCCUCAAGACAACCUGCCACCCCAGCUUGUGGGGGAGGCCUCCCAGGCUGCAACCUGCAGGGCUCCGCUGUCCCUUCUCGUCCCUGGCCCCCCGGUCCCAGAGCAAAGCCAAGGCCACCACCCACUAGCCCA